UUUCAAAUUGUCUAAAUAAUACUCAACUCAAUUCAUGUUCAGCAUUCAAAUUAUAAUCAUUUAUAAAACAUAGAGAUGUUGAUAAUCGUGUUUAAGAGAUGCAGUCUUGUUCAUAAACUUGAGGUGGCUCCUCCGGUUGUUCAAAUAUAAAGCUAAUCCCAAAAUGACAAUGCUGUCCUCACAGACUUGAUCAGUGACAACAAUUUCUAAGCAUUCCCAUCAUGGCCAAUGGAAAGUGUUAGUGACUUAGUCUAAGCACACGCAGUAACGGUGAAAUUGUUACAUUGAAUAUUCUUCAGAGUUGACUCAAAGUCAAAGUCAAGCAAUGCCGUAACAAAUGUUGUGGAAUUCCAUGUUAAUGACUGUUGUAGGUGAAGCCGGGGUGUGAGAAUAAAAGAGUGGCCAACUUGUAUGUUUGGCACACAACACACUGAAACUUGAGUUUCUUAUAACCCAUUAACUAGUUAGCUCAUAGCCGAAUUUAAAUAUUUUCUUCUGCAGAAAACAAUGCAGCUUUUUGUUUUCAAUUUUUAUGGAACCACCUUUCUUGUUAUUUACGGUAUGGUUAUUAUUAUGGGGAUUGUAUUGGAGUUAGGAGCCACCCCUGCUCCUGCUCCUGCACCUGCACCAUUGCUGCCUCCAUCGGAAGCAAAUGCUAUACUCAACAGUGGAUGGUGGAAUCUAUCACAGUUAGAUUCACACAAUAUCUGUUCAUGGUAUGGUAUAGAUUGCAACGUCGCUGGAAGUAUAACUGGCAUCAGAUGUCCAUUGGGUACACCGGGGAUUCGAUUAGCAACACUAAACCUCUCUGUUUUCAAGAAUUUAGAAUGGCUUGAGGUCUCAGGCUGUGGACUACAAGGGACUAUACCACCUGAUAUUGGUAAUCUCCCUAAACUCACUCAUCUCCGUUUGUCCUAUAAUUCUCUUCAUGGUGAAAUACCUCCUUCAUUGGCAAAUCUUACCCAAUUAGAGAGACUAAUCCUUUCUAACAACAAAUUUCAAGGCUCCAUUCCUCGUGAGUUGUUAUUUCUAAGAAAUCUAACUUGGUUAGAUUUGUCCUAUAAUUCACUUGAUGGUAAGAUACCUCCUGCAUUGGCAAAUCUUACCCAAUUAAAGAUUCUUCACCUUUCUAACAACAAAUUUCAAGGCCCCAUUCCUGGUGAGUUGUUUCUAAAAAAUCUUAUUUGUUUAGAUUUGUCCUAUAAUUCACUUAAUGGUGAGAUACCUCCUCCACUGACAAAUCUUUCCCAAUUAGAGAGCCUAAUCCUUUCUAAUAACAACAUUCAAGGCUCCAUUCAGAAUUUGGUUUUCUCUAAAAGUCUUACUUGGUUAGAUCUAUCAGCCAACAAAAUCAGUGGGACCUUGCCCGUGCCACAGACAAAUUUCCCAAGUUUAAAAUUACUUAACAUUUCCCAUAAUCUACUUUUUGGUUCCUUAAAACCCUUGUCAGUAGGAAACCAAUUAGCACCGCUAACUACUAUUUACCUCAGAAACAACUCAAUUAGUGGAAAAAUUCCUCUAGAGCUUGGAUAUUUCUUAAAUACUCUGGAUCUAAGCUACAAUAAUCUUACCGGAACGGUUCCUCUAUCUAUGGAAAAUGUCUAUGACCUGAACCUUUCAUUCAAUAAUUUGAAUGGUCCCAUUCCAUAUGGUUUAAGUGAGAGUCGGCUAAUAGGGAACAAGGGUGUAUGUAGCGACGAUUUAUAUCACAUAGAUGAAUAUCAAUUCAAGCGUUGUUCUGUCAAAGACAACAAAGUAAGGCUCAAGCAGCUGGUCAUAGUUCUCCCUAUCCUCAUUUUUCUAAUCAUGGCCUUCCUACUACUCGUGCGGCUAAGGCAUAUUCGCAUUGCAACUAAGAACAAACAUGCAAAGACAAUUGCAGCCACUAAGAAUGGGGACUUGUUCUGUAUAUGGAAUUAUGAUGGAAGCAUAGCCUAUGACGACAUCAUUACAGCAACCCAAGACUUUGACAUGAGAUAUUGUAUUGGAACAGGUGCCUAUGGGAGCGUUUAUAGGGCACAAUUACCAAGUAGCAAGAUUGUUGCCGUGAAAAAACUCCACGGAUUUGAAGCAGAGGUGCCAGCUUUUGAUGAGAGUUUCAAAAAUGAGGUCAAAGUAUUAACAGAAAUAAAGCAUCGACAUGUUGUGAAGCUCCAUGGAUUCUGCUUGCACAGAAGAACCAUGUUUUUGAUAUAUGAGUACAUGGAGAGAGGCAGCUUGUUUUCAGUGUUGUUUGAUGAUGUGGAAGCCAUGGAAUUGGAUUGGAAAAAGAGGGUUAACAUUGUGAAAGGAACUGCACAUGCUCUGUCCUAUCUUCAUCAUGACUUCACUCCUCCAAUUGUGCAUAGAGACAUAUCAGCCAGCAAUGUCUUGCUUAACUCAGACUGGGAGCCCAGUAUUUCAGACUUUGGCACAGCCCGAUUCCUUAGCUUCGAUUCAUCCCAUCCAACUAUAGUUGCUGGAACCAUUGGGUACAUAGCCCCAGAGCUUGCAUAUAGUAUGGUUGUGAGUGAAAGGUGUGAUGUGUACAGCUUUGGAGUGGUGGCACUCGAAACUUUGGUGGGAUCGCAUCCUAAGGAAAUACUCUCAUCACUUCAAUCAGCAUCUACUGAGAAUGGCAUCACAUUAUGUGAAAUAUUGGACCAACGCCUCCCACAGCCAACAAUGUCAGUUUUAAUGGAAAUAGUUCGUGUUGCCAUAGUUGCAUUUGCGUGCUUAAAUGCCAAUCCUUGCUCUCGCCCAACAAUGAAAUCGGUCUCUCAAUGUUUUCUUACUCAGCUUACACCAUUAAACAUUCCUUUGCGUGAGAUUUCAUUGCAGCAGCUCAUGAGUCAAGAACUCAGGCAUUAUUUAAAUUUGUGAACUCCUGAAAGUGAAACUUCUAGUUGAAAUUAGAUGAUGUCGGCAUUCAAUAAAGCUUUUCUAGUUGUUUAUUCGGGUGAAUUAUUAGAAAACUUGGUGAAAUUGUUUUUAUGUUAACUUUGCUCUCGUGAUAUGCUUCGUAUAUAUGGAUUAUAAUACUUGUUUAAUUUUGUAA